AUGGGCGGAGCACUCUCCCUCUUCUCCAAACUCCUCUGGACCAAGAAAGAAAUCCGCAUCCUCAUUCUCGGCCUCGACAACGCCGGCAAAACCACGCUCCUCUACCGCCUCAAAAUCGGUGAAGUCGUCACCACCAUCCCCACCAUCGGCUUCAACGUCGAGAGCGUCACGUACAAGAACCUCAACUUCAACGUCUGGGAUCUGGGUGGACAGACGAGUAUAAGGCCUUAUUGGCGGUGUUACUAUGCGAACACUGCGGCGGUGGUGUUUGUGAUUGACUCGACGGAUAUUGAGCGGUUGGAGACGGCGGCGGGGGAGUUGCGGGCGAUGUUGGAGGAGGAGGAGUUGAGGGAUGCGGCGUUGUUGGUCUUUGCGAAUAAGCAGGAUCAGCCUGGGGCGAAGGGGGCGGGGGAUAUCAGUGAGGCAUUACGGUUAGGAGACCUGAAAGACCGGAAUUGGAGUAUCAUGGCAUGUUCAGCCAUAGACGGCAGGGGUGUCAACGAGGGCAUGGAUUGGUUGGUGGUGCCGGAGCUUGAGCGCCGCAUGUACAACUUCUGUGCCCGGCACUCUAUCAGCGCGCACUCUCUGCCCUCCAACCCGCCCGAAUUCCUUGCUAUACUUCGUGCUAUCGGCUUCAACCACGAUGAUCCUCAGGUCGUCCAGGCCGGCGCGAAGCACGUCAUUGCCUGGAUUACGAACCAUCUCAUGACGAAGAAGAUGCACCCCGCUACGACGGAGCGCUUCGGAGAAGCGAUCGUAUCAACUUUCCCUCUGGCGAUCGCCAACUUGCGUCGUAAGACCGCUCUGGAUGUCCACGCUGCCUACGACAGGCCGGAGCAGAGCACCCUCCAGCAGCGUUUGGCGUUCUCUCUCUAA